UGGCGGCGGCGGCGGAGUCAUGGCAACCGCCCGGAGCGGCUGGACCGCCCCGGGGGAGGAGCGGGAGCGGGAGGAGGUGGAGAUGGAGCCGGAGGAAGAGGAGGAGGAAGGAGAAGAGGAAGAAAUGUGUUUCUACGCCCCGCGAGGGAGAGCUGCUGGGGACUAUGAUGGAGCCAGGAUGACUUUCACUGCACAGAAAUGUGGGAUCUGCUUCCAGCCCCCCUCCAUCAUCCUCAUCUACAGAGACAACGUCCAGGAGAAGACUCGCCAGCGCAUCAUGCCCAUCAGGAAUUUCUCCAGGUUCUCAGACUGCGUCAGCGCUGCUGAGCAGCUGAAGAACAACCCCCGGCACAAGCCCUACCUGGAAGGGGUCUCCCUGCACCAGCUGGAGAAGCUGCACAGGCUGCUGAGAGAUCAUCUGGAAGGACAGAGCCUGUCUGACAGCUUAGGAAGGUAUCACCAUGAAUACACCAUUGACCCAGAGGAGGACAUGAACAAACUGGAUGACAAGGAACUGGCCCAAAGGAAGAGCAUCAUGGACGAGCUCUUCGAAAAGAACAGGAAGAGGAGGGAUGACCCUGACUUUGUUUACAACGUUGAGGUGGAUUUCCCACAGCAUGAGCACCUGGAGUCCUGUGCUUGGGACACGGAGUCAGAAGAAGAAAUGUGAUUCCAGACAAAGAUAGGCAGUUCAGAGACAAAUCUCAGUGUCCCAGCAGAGAGAACAAUGUCACCAUACACUGGCUCAGGAGAACCCAAGGUGCCACAGCAAUCCCAGGCUUGAGUCAGUUUUUUUUAAGGAGCCAGACUUGAUUAAAUGGAAACUGCAUAGCUGAAA